GGUGUGAACAGAUAAGCGAUCUCUUUCUUCGUUUAUCUGUAAAGUAACCCUCUAAGCUUCAAUUCUGCCUUUAUAUAAGCUCAGUGUAUAAGGUUGGUUGCUCCAACCACAACACAACACAACACAACACAAUUACACACACGAAUUUCCUUAGUUAGGCAUUGCUUUGCGAUGGAAAAAAUGGAACUGGCAGAGACACCUCUACCUUUGCUUUCACUAAACCACGUUUCUUUUGUAUGUAAGAGUGUGAGUGAGUCAGUGAAAUUCUAUGAGGAUGUCCUUGGAUUUUUGCUCAUCAAGAGGCCAUCUUCUUUCAAAUUUGAAGGGGCCUGGUUAUUCAAUUAUGGCAUUGGCAUUCACCUGUUGGAGUCAGAAAAGGUUCCGGUGAAAAAAAGAGAGAUCAACCCAAAAGAAAAUCAUAUAUCGUUUCAAUGCUCAGACAUGAAAGUUAUAAUGCAGAAACUGGAUGCAAUGAAGAUUGAGUAUGUGACAGCAGUUGUGGAAGAAGGUGGAAUUAAAGUUGAUCAGCUGUUCUUUCAUGACCCAGAUGGAUAUAUGAUAGAAAUAUGCAACUGCCAAAAUCUCCCUGUGCUUCCAAUUUCUUCCUGCCCUCUAAAGCAGCUCGGAGGAGAAGCUACAUUCAAGAUUAAUUGCUUUGCAGAAGAAUCUAUGUCUAUGCUGAUGAUGGACAAUUUCGUGAUGGAUAUGUUGAAGAUUUCAAUAUAAUUAAAGCUUUUUGUAAAAAAAAAUAUUUGUAAAAGCCUUUUUGUCCGACGAGAGAAGAGGGGAAAUAAAAAGUGUAAGAGUAAAUUAUAUCACUUCCAAUUAGAGCAAAAUCUUUGUUUAUCAUUGAGCAAUGGGUUCAUAGUUUGUUUCUACA